AUCGCCUCAUUUCAGUUUCUUCGAAAGACGAGUCUAGAUCUUCCUUGGGUGGAAGGUGAACGUGGUGGUGUGAUUGGGAACUUUGGUAAUUGAAAAUCAGACUUGAAUUUCGAAGAAAGGAAAAAACAUAUCUGGCAAUAGCUUUCCAGUCAUCAUCAUGGUGGUGUUUUGGGGUGUGACGAUUAUAUUUGUAGGACUUGCAAAUAGUCAGCAGUAUGGACCACCGAAUUAUACCCCUGGAAUCCCAAUCGGAACUCCAGGCCAGAAUGAUAUAGUUAGGGCGCAUGGAUAUGACGCUUCUCCACCCGGUCAAAACUAUGGUGCUCCAGACCAAGGUAACGCAGCACAAAAUUAUGGUGUUCCAGACCAAGGUAACGGAGCACAAAAUUAUGGCCCGCCUUCUUCCUCUGGAUUUGGAUCUGCAUCCCCUGUAUCGUCUUCCUCUUAUGGAGCACCUUCCUCUGGAUUUGGAUCUUCAUCAUCUUAUGGCCCACCGUCUUCAGGUGGAUCUAGAUUCAGAAUAAUUCCUGCCAACGAGUUCCAAAUCCCACAACAGCAUUCAAACCUAAUUCGCUACAUUGUCCUCAAGGAGUUUCAAAUAGGAGCCAAUGGAUCUGCUACACCCUUGAACGUGGGUCUUGGGCGUAACAAUGGAUCGCCAGAGUUGGAAAUUACCAGAAUGCAACUACCCUCAAGCGCAGAAAUGGCUUCAGCCGGUGCCUCUGCAAAUUCCGGGGAAAACAGUGGUGCCGAAGUUGGUGGAUACAGUGAUGGACCAGGAGGUUAUGCGGACACUACAAAACCUAACGAAGAUGACGAUGACUACGAUGAUGAUGAAGAUGACUACGAUGAGGAGGACGACGUUGAGGAUGGUGGCAAUAGCUCUGCUAGAGAUGCAGUUGUUCCAGCACGUGGUGUGGACUUACCCACAAACAAGGCCACUACGUCUCUUAGUAAUGCCAAACAAUCAGCAGCAAUGGAAGCCUUUAUGUUUUCCGAUCCCAACAGUAAUAGCAUAGAGGCCCAAAGAAAACAGGGUACUGGACCUAGAAGAAACCGAGUUAGAAACGGAAACAGGAACAGGAAUCGAAUCCCAGGACAAAGAAACAGAAAUCGUAAUCGUAAUCGUUUAAACCGAAACAGAAAUAGAAAUCGAAAUCGGAAUCAGAUGUCCAACUCUGCAAUGUCCAGUGCGGCAGCAGCGGCAGGGGCAGCAGCAGCAGCCGCGUCUUCUUCUGAGGAUACUCCUCCAGCGGCCGAACUUCAAAUGGCCCUUCAAACUUUAUCCAAAUAUUUUACUUCUCAAGCUCAACAAAUGAGAGCACAAAUGGGUGGAGCAGCACCAAGCAGUAUGGUCACCGCCCCUGGGACUACUGGUGCUGGAGGAUCUACUUAUACUAACAUUCCCAUCACUUCCGGAGGACCUUAUGCACCGAGUGGCGGCGUAUCGUCGGCAUCUGCUUUUGCCAACAGUAUGGGCACAUCCGCUGACCAAUCCAAUCCCCCUGUACCUGAUGCUACAGUAAUUGAUCCGGACACACCACCAGCAACUCAAGCAACCUUUCCAGCUUCCACGUAUGGACCACCGCCUGGUUCCUUUGGGUUCGGAGGAAGCAAUGGGGGCAACUCGAUUGUUGAUGCCAUCACGGGACCAAUUACAAAAGCUGCAGGGUUUAAAUCUGCGGUCAUUAACGGUGUAGCAAGUGGUCUGACUGCCGGUAUUCGUGGAGUCGCAGCAGCCACCAGCGCAGUGACCAAAUCCGUAGGAAAUGUGGCUGACGCUGUGGGGUCGCAAGGUGGAGGUUUCAUCGGUGGGGGCAGCAGCGGUGGAGUUUCCGACCUUGCGCCAGUAUACGGUGCUCCUACGUUUGGGUCCUCAGGGAGUAUUUCUCCACUUCGGCAACUUGUGGGGCUCAAGGGUCAGGCUGUUCGAACAGUUGCCAACAGUGGCCGAGCUGCUGUGGGGAUUGUUGGAACAAAGGGGCAAUUGGUGGUCAAUCAGGUAGGCACUGUGGCUACCACGCUCACGAAGGGAGUCGCUCAAGCCUUAAACAACAAUAACGACGCUUUCCAGAAUGUCAUACGUCAUAUUCAGUCAAUAUUCAAUACAAACGCAAAUAUGAAAAAUAAUGCAUAUGGGGCUUGGUAAUUAAGGUUAUGAUAUGAAUAUCGGUUGAGUUUUGUUAAGUAAUUUGUUAUAAAAUCACUUUGGAUUGUUCAAUGUUGCCAAAUAGUUUUUAGUACAUAGAUGUAUUCGCUAUUGGUUAUUAUUUCCAUAUUAGAUAAUUAGUUAAUUCCUUGGUUUAAGCGACAUACAUAUAUGCUUCUAGUCAGGACGUGAUUAUGCCAACGUUAAAAAAUGUUUUACCUGGAAUUCUAUUGUAACUAAUUAAAUUUUAUGUCCGUGUUUGCGUUGUUCAGGUAGAAAUCUUAAAUUAGUUAGUUUGUAAAAGUUAAAUUACAAUAUUUUACAUGCAAUGGCCAACUGUCUGAAAUUUAGAAAAAUAAAAUGGUACUGUUUAGGUAUUUUAUAAUAAUUGCUGCAAAUUUCUUGUAUAAAAGAUGCAUCCUGAAUUAUCAAGGCACCGAAGACAUCACUAAAUUGGCCACAGUUGAUUACCAUGUGAUGAAUAACAGCUUUCUAAA